CUUUUAGUUCUUGUUAUCAGUGAAUGCGUUGUCUUAAAAUCGGCGAUGUCAUCGGGCUAGUGAACGCAUAUUUCCAUCAUUUUCUCUAGUUUAAAGUAUAUAGUGUAAAAAAAUUGAAAUGAGCGACAUUGGUGUCUGGUUCAGGUCUUUGCCUAUUUUCACGCGUUCUUGGCUCUCUCUGACUUUCGCCUUCACGUUGCUGGGACGUUUCGGCAUUCUGCGCGCCUACCAGUUGACCCUCUCGUACGAUCAUAUUGUCAAAUACUUCCAGAUAUGGCGACCUUUCACCGCACUCUUCUUCUAUCCACUUUCACCAGUAACAGGAUUUCAUUUCAUCAUAAAUUGCUAUUUUCUUUACAUGUACUCAAUAAGACUCGAGACCGGUCAAUUCUUUGGAAGACCAGCUGACUACCUUUUCUUACUUGUCUUUAAUUGGCUAGUAUGUGUUGUUAUCGGCCUUCUGGUGCAAAUAUCAGUUCUCAUGGAUCCAAUGGUAUUGAGCAUACUUUAUAUAUGGUGCCAAUUAAAUCGUGAUGUAGUUAUUAGCUUCUGGUUCGGCUCUCGGUUCAAGGCGAUGUACCUACCUUGGGUACUGCUUGCUUUUAACUCGAUUGUAAUGGGCGGGGGUGUGAUGGAGUUGUGUGGGAUCAUAGUGGGACAUAUCUAUUUCUUCCUUAUGUUCAAGUACCCACAGGAGUUCGGUGGCCCUCAACUGCUUUCAACACCUCAGAUUUUCUAUGAUUGGUUCCCGUCUGUACGAAGUAGCAACGAGGGCUUUGGUCGACCACCUGAUGGAAGCCCAAGGGGGUACAACUGGGGGCAAGGGCAUGUUCUAGGUGCCCAGUAAUUUAUAAAUGUACUCCUUAAUUUUAAAAUAAUUAUUUAUAAAAAAAAUAUUAAAAAAUGCUAAUAUAUGUAAGUUUUUAAAAAAAAUACCCACUACAUUCUCAUACAAACAUUAUGCAGGACGACCAGAUUUAUACUAAUUAUUCAUAAUGAAUUUUGUUAUAUCGUUGGCCCGCUAGUUGAAAUAUAUAAUUUUUUUUUUAAAUAUAUCUUUACCAUCCUUA